AUGGUGGGCUCGUGGGAUGACUUUGAAGUUCGUUUUCCUCACUAUGACUCGGUGUUGAAGCUCAAAGAUAGUUCAGGGCGCGGAGUGGGGUACACCGGCAGUUGGAGCAAGUAUCGCGGAGGCGAAAUUGCAACGAUGAACGCAUUCGCCAUUCGAGGGAGUCCGCUUGAACUCUUUGAUCCUAUUGAGGAUUUCGAUUCUCGCAGCGACUUUGAUGGCGAGUGGACGGUGAAGUUUGAAUCGUCUGAUGACAAUGCGAUUGCGAAGUUUGUAAUUGAUGAAGAGCAUGCCGCUGGCACCUUCAUGACCACCACCGGCGACUACCGCUUCCUCGCGGGUCGCGUAGACGGCAACCUCAUGCGGCUCUCCACCUUCGACGGAGCGCACGCGUUCCUCUUCCACGCGCGCAUGCAAGACGACGGCACCAUCGAGGGCGACUUCUGGUCAGGAAACUGGUGGCACGAGACUUGGACCGCCGUGCGCGAUGACGACGCGGCGCUCCCCGAUGCGUUCGAGCAGACCACGAUCGCGGACGAGGACGCGCUCGAUGACAUGGUAUUCAAGGACCUCCAAGGCGAGCCGACGCGGGUGCUUGAUGUGCUCGACGAAUCGAAUGCUCCGGCGCGGAUCAUCGAGAUCUUCGGGACCUGGUGUCCCAACUGUUCUGAUGCGGGGCGCGAGCUGGUUUCGCUGCGUGAGCAGUAUGGGGAUGAUCUCGCAGUGGUCGGACUCGCGUUUGAGGUGACUGUGGAUUUCGAGCGUUCGGUCCAGCAGGUCCUGCAUCAUCACGAGCACAUCGGGACGGAUUGGCCGAUCCUCAUCGCGGGACUGAGCGACAAGGACAAGGCGUCGCAAGCACUCCCGGUGCUCGACAAGGUCCGCUCGUACCCCACGAUGAUCUUCCUCGAUCGCAACAACGAGGUACAUGGGGUGUACUCGGGAUUCAGUGGUCCCGCGACCGGGGAUGCGUACAUCAAACAACGCGAGCGGUUCGAGGCGUUGAUCGAAUCGAUGAUUGAUUGA